AUGUUGGUAAGAAAUAGCAACUGCUAUCAGAAAAGUCAGGCAGUGGGUGUGUUGAUGCUGAAGAAAGCAGCAGCCAUGGCUACAGGUUUUUCUGUAGAGAGGCUGAAGGAAGAAGCAAAAUGUCCUAUCUGCCUGGAUUUUUUACAGGAUCCAGUUAGUGUGGACUGUGGCCACAGUUUCUGCUUCCAGUGUAUCACUGAAUUUUGUGAGAAAUCAGACAGUUCUCAAGGGAGUGUCUAUUCCUGCCCCCAGUGUCGGAGUCAAUUUCAUCAGAACAACUUCCGUCCAAAUAGACAGCUGGCUAGCAUGGUAGAAAGCAUCAAGCAAUUAGCUUUAAGCUCCAGUACAAAGAAAAUCUGGUUAUGUGAGAUUCAUAAGGAGGAGCUCAACUACUUUUGUGAAGAAGACCAAAUCCCAUUGUGUUGGAUCUGUGACACUUCCCCAAAGCACAGAACCCACAAAACCAUUCCUUUAGAGGAAGCCAUCAGAAGUUAUAAGGUAAAGGUUCAAUUGGGUUUGGAACAUGUAAAGAAGGAGAUGGAAGAAGUGCUGAACGAGGAAACCAAUGUGGGAAAGAAAAUAAUGAUUUGGAAGGAAAAGGUGGAGCUAUGGAGACAGCAAUUCAUGUUGGAGUUUCAGAAACAACAUGGAUUUCUGGUUCAGGAGGAGCAGCAGCAACUGCGGAGGCUAGAAGAGGAGGAGAGAGCAACCAUACAAAAAUUGAAGGCUAGCAAGGCCAAAUUGGCUCAGCAGAUCCAAACCCUGAGGAACUUAUCUGUCGAGUUGGAGGAAUAUAGUCAUUGUACAGCUCAGGACCUGCAGCAUGUUAAAGACGUCUUGAGAAGGAGUGAGAAUAUAAAAUUUCAGGAGCCAGAAUUCAUUUCCAUAGACCUGAAGAUGAUGUGUUCUGUCCCUGGAAUGAUGACAAUGCUCAAGAGAUUCCAAGUUAAUGUGCGGUUGGAUCCUGCCACAGCUCACCCCAGCCUUCACCUGACUGAGGAUCAACAAAGCAUUUGGGAUGGAAAUGUGUGGCAAGACGUUCCCAACAACUCAGAACGAUUUGACACAUGGCCUUGUGUCCUGGGUAUGGAGAGUUUCACCUCGGGAAAACAUUAUUGGGUAGUGACUAUGGAAGACAGGACAGAGUGGGGGUUGGGAGUUUGUCUGGAGUCAGCCCCACGAAAGGGGGAGGCCACACCAGCCCCUGAAAAUGGAAUCUGGGCACUAUGGAUGCUAGAAGGGAAGGAUUACAUGGUUCUUACAUCCCCAUCAGUUCCAAUCCACCAAGAGAAACGGCCAGAAGGAAUUGGAGUUUUCUUAGACUGUGAAGCUGGGGAAGUGUCUUUUUACAACAUCACAGAAGAAAGUCACAUUUAUACAUUCACUCAAGUAUUAUCUGGAAUCAUCCGACCCUAUUUCUUCAUUUGUGACUCAGCUCCUUUAACUUUAACUGCAGUAAUAGAAAGGAGGAAUUAGUUUCUUUCCUCCCAGGAAUCCUUUUGUAUAUGAUCUGUCUCCAAGAAUGCUAUCUAAAUCAUCAUAGAGGAAAAA